AUGGGGAACAAAGCGGGUAAGACAAAAAAUGCCAGCUCCCGUAAUAAGGCUUCAGCAACCCCAUCAUCAUCGGCAGUGACCCCCAGAUCGCCUGGCAAUUAUGUCCAGUUCGGAUCUAGGGCUUCAACAACUUCCUCUACAUCGGCAGUGACCUCCAGAUCGCCUUCCAAUAAAGUCCACUACGGACCUAGAGCUUCAGCAGCUUCCUCUACAUCGGCAGUUACCACAUCACAUCCCAAAAAGGUUGUCAAGUUUCUGAAUGUUAUGGUGGCGGCUAUUGAUUUCGGGACCACAUUUUCUGGAUUUGCCUUUUGUACAAAAUCCUGGUACAACUAUCCUGGAGGUCCCAGGAUCCAUAUACACCCAUGGCCGGCACAAACGACAAUGACUGGAAAAGCACCGACAUGCGUCCUUCUGGACUCCGACCAAAAUUUUAUAAGUUUUGGAUACGAAGCCAACACUGAGUUUGUAGAGGGGAAAUAUGAUUCAGAAUAUUGCUAUUUCUUUAAACACUUCAAGAUGAAGCUAUAUGAAAUGAAGGAAGAACUUUCAAGAGAUACCAUGAUUGAGUCUCAAAACGGAAAGACAAUGCCAGCUAUCAAGGUAUUUUCUGCUGUCAUCAAGUUCGUCAAGGACACGUUAUUAACUGAUCUGAAAUCAAAGAGCCCUUUUUCGGUUUUCCAUGCGUCUGACAUCCACUGGGUGUUAACAGUGCCGGCGAUUUGGAACCUAAAAGCCAAACAGUUUAUGAGGGAAGCAGCACAAAUGGCUGGGAUAGAUGACAAUCAACUAACCUUAGCUCUGGAGCCCGAGGCAGCAUCCCUGUACUGUAGGAAGGUGCCCAGCAGCAGUGUUGAUAGAACCGCUGGUGGUGGGCCUUCUAUAGCAAAAUUCAAGGCAGGCGCCAAGUAUCUAAUAAUGGACCUUGGGGGCGGAACAAUUGACAUAACAGCUCAUGAGGUACUAGAGAAUGAUCAUCUAAAGGAGAUCAUCGAGCCCACAGGGGGCUACUGGGGCAGUCUCAGAGUCAAUGAGGAAUUCACACGCUUCUUGCAGCGGUUGUGUGGUCAAGAUGUCUUAGCGGAACUGCAGACGAAUAAUCCAAGGAGGUUCAUAGAAGGAUUUGAUGACCCGAAGAAAAAGAGAAGGCAUGGCCGUUACGGCUACGUUGAUGAUGCAUUUGACAGACAUGUCAGCAAAGGUGAUUUGGUGCAGUAUGGGAAAUUUCAAGACGGGAAAGACUACCACCCAUUGAAUAACCAUCAAACGCAGGCAUGGUUUGACUUUUACGCUUCAGACGCGAAGGAUCCGGAAUUUGUGAACGAAAAUUCGUGCGUCUGUCUUGGAUUUGUUGGGGUAGAAUUGUCACCUAGACAGCGCGGACUAGAUUCCACUGUAACCUUGGCGAUAAACAUCAGCGGCACGGACAUAGAGGUUCGGGCUACAGAGAAAAAGACGGGAAACGUUACAACAUCCUACUGUAACUUCCUUGGUUAGGACUGUUGUAGAACAUUAAUGUAACCAGAACAUUGCAUAUGAAUACAUUUUAGUACGAGUGCUAUUUUAUUUUAUCCUCCCGUCGUAGUCUGGAAAAGGUUGAACUGAUAAAGUCAUUGCUUUGUUC